CAAAAGACAUACCUGAAGGGUAAAAAAUAAAUAUCAAGGUAAAAAAAAUGACUGCGGCAGAGUUACAGUUGCAGUUACCAGCUGGUUUUCGGUUCCAUCCAACGGACGAGGAGCUGGUGAUGCACUAUCUCUGCUGUAAAUGUGCGUCGCAGUCGAUCGCCGUUCCUAUUAUAGCCGAACUAGACCUUUACAAAUUCGAUCCUUGGGAUCUGCCUGAUUUGGCGUUGUACGGAGAGAAAGAAUGGUAUUUCUUUUCGCCGAGAGACAGGAAAUAUCCGAACGGUUCAAGGCCAAACCGUGCUGCUGGGUCUGGGUACUGGAAGGCAACCGGGGUUGAUAAGUCGAUUGGGAAACCGAAACCGGUCGGUAUUAAAAAGGCCUUGGUGUUUUACUCCGGCAAAGCUCCGAAAGGAGAGAAAACUAAUUGGAUUAUGCACGAGUAUCGGUUAGCCGACGUUGACCGGUCGGUUCGCAAGAAUAACAGCUUAAGGUUGGACGAUUGGGUGUUGUGCCGGAUUUACAACAAGAAAUGUUAUAUCGAGAAGCAACCGCCGCCGCAAGGGAGCGUUACGAAAGAAGCCAGCGCGCCGGAGUUCGAGGACAAGAAGCCGGAUAUCGGGACACUCGGCAAGGAUAUGUGCGGUUUUUCACCGGCUGUGACGGCGACAGGUAGCGAUUACGUGUGCUUCGACUCGUCGGAAUCGGUGCCGAUGGUUCACACGGACUCCAGCUGUUCGGAGCACGUGGUGUUGCCGGAGUUACCAACCGAGAUUCAAAGCAUUCCCAAAUGGAAGGACGAAUUGGGAAGUACUGGCAACAACAAUAUCCUCGAUUCUCUUUAUAAUUACAUGGAUGCCACUCUGGAUGUCGGAUUUGCUUCGCAGAUGCAGGGUAAUAAUAAUCAGCUGUCGCCGCUCCAGGAUAUAUUCAUGUACCUGCAGAAGCCGUUGUUUUAGGGGAGAAAAAUAUGGCCGUGUAGAUUGAAGAAAUACUGUGUUUUGGCGUAUCCCUGGGUAACACGAGGCUGAAAGUCCAUGAGUGUACCGGUGGGCAUGCGCGUAGAUAAACAGUUAGAA